AGUUCGGGAUCUGUCCUCAUAGGACGGCCUACUCGACGGAAAGGUGUCGAAUGGUUUUCUGUCAUCAUAUAUCACUCCUUGCCCUCUUUCCAUUGGUCGCAUACACGUCGAAGCGCGGCCCCCGGCGUGCCCAUGUUUUGAGUCAAGGCGAUCACCCACACGCCGGCCUGACAAGGGCGGGCCAUCUUAGUUGCCUAUAUCUCUGCUGUUUAUGUACCGACUCUUCUUCUCCCAACGGUUCAACUUCAAGUUCCCUUCUUACUCAGAAUGCCCAACUGGACAAUUCCAUUGACGUACGAGGCGGUGCUUACGGUCCUGAAUGCAAUUCAAGUUGGACGACGAGUGAUCGUGGCCGUAUAUGCUCUUCAGGUCUAUGAAUGGCUGAUAUGCUGGAGAGAUGAAGUCGAACUAAUAUGGUCAUCCUCGUGGAAUUCUAUGAGGAUACUAUUCACGUUAUGUAGAUAUUUUCCGCUCUUGUUCUAUCCAUUCUAUCUGUGGGCAUGGAUCCCGGUGCAUAGCAAAGAACUUUGUGAAAAACUAAUAUCUCCAUUGUACGGAUUUUGCACAGUUUUUCAAUUAUCAGCUCAAGCAGUGGUCCUGAUACGAUCUCAUGCUUUCAGCGGCCAAUACCUGUGCAUCCUGAUACUCUUAUGCACGUGUUGGAUCGGAUUGGCGGGCGCGGAUAUAUGGAUGUUUUUCACUCAAUUCAUUCUCGUCGACCUUACAUUUUCCAUCACCGGAAACCGGUCAAGUUGUUUUGGCAACGACAGACAUUCCGAAGCCUCAUACGACAGCGGGCUAUUCGUGACCCCGGUCGGCAUUGUUAUGAUGGUCUCUUUCGGUUUUGACACAUUGAUGAUAGUACUUUGUAUCGUGCAUUACCUACGCACACGGAGUGCCCAAGGGCCAUUAGGGAAAGCCUUCUUGAAACAAGGCAUUGGAGCGUUUGUGGUCAUAUCAUCCUUGAAUUUCUUCACGGCAAUGUCUUUUUUUGGCCGAUCUUCGUGGACUGGAAUAACGCUUCCUUUGACUCUCGUAGUGUCAGAUAUAAUGGCAUGCCGAUUAAUACUCUCCUUACGUCGAAGGGUUAGCCCGACGGAAAGCUUCGAGCUGCAGGAACAGUCGCGUUUUGUUAGUGAAGCAUUUGACCGACUAAAUGAACGAGACUCGGGGCCUUCUCGUUGUAUUUGGGCCCAGCGUGAAGCAGAUGUCUUAUAAUAUUGUAAAAAUGACGCUCACACUAAACAUAGCUUUGGACUUGUGUACGCUCGUGAGUCCAAGUAGAACACAAAUGAAAAC